AUGCAACCCAGAAAUGAAUCUUCGAAAUACUUCAAAAAGGUUUUGAGAGACAUCCUCUACCAUAUUUCUGAGAUGCCUUCCUCAAAGAGUUCCAUUCAUUGGACUGUUUCUGAAUUAUUCGGUCAGCGGAGGCUGUUAGGGUUCGGUGCUGUACUGGCAUGGCUCAUCCUAUUCCAUCUCCUGGUGAAUGUAUGGCUGCUGUGUAUCUUCACGAGUCUUUUGGUGGUUCUCGGUGGUUGGAUCGGUUCCCGUGCUGCCCUGGAUGCAAACAGUUUCUUACAUUUGGAACAUUUUCUGCCCCUUGGGACGCUUAACCCUCCUCUGUGUUCCCCCGAGCAUGAGUGGAGGCUGAACCAUGAGAUCCACUGUGUUGUCCACAAAGCAGUACGCGACUUUGUUUCUUCGUGGUAUCGAACUCUGCUCCCUGAGGUGGAGGGAGAGUUUGAACGUGCAGUGUGUCACUCGAUGCUGGAGGCUGUGAUGGAACUAAAGGAGCGUGCACAACGAGUGGACAGAAAAGCUCUGGUUCAGCAGCUGUUAGAGCUGUACGGCUGUCACCUGCAGAGCUACAUGACUGUAAGGCAGACCCAGUCCACACAGGAGAGCAAUGGCUUAUGGCAGCUCUAUAGUAAAGUCAAGUCCCCUCAUCCAGCUGUGAGCAAUUCCGAUGCUGAGCUCAACUACUCCAGAGCCAUGGUUAACCUUGUGUUACAUGUUCUUGUCCCAUACCCUCAGAUGGAAACCAGGACUGGCGCUCACAUGGUGACAGAACUCAUCACCUGUAACAUGGUGUUACCACUCAUAAGCCGGGUUUCUGAUCCAGACUGGCUCAAUCAGACAAUCGUUGACAUAUUUAUGAGAACCAGAGAAGCAGAGGAGAUGGCUCUGGAUGAAUCUUCUGUCAAUGCACUGUACACAUGUCAUGAGCAGCAGGAAUCGUGGUCCACCUGCAAGUCCCUGUCUAUAUCUGAACAAACCAAUUUCCACUGCAAAACCUCUGAUGACAUAGAUGAGCCUCAGUACCAGAGCAUAAUCUCUGGGAUGGACUCGUCUCAAAGCAGCCUCAUCAGCCUGACAUCUGCAGGACGAACACCCAGUUACCAAGCUGGUUUAAACACACCAUCUAAGGUGAACUGCUGCUCACUCACAUCAGGCCAACAUUCCCAGUUAGUGUCCAAAAUGGUUUCUAUGAACCAACUUAUCCAUUCAGAUUCAGAUGAUGAUCUUGCUGAAGGAGUUUGUGACUGUGCUCCCACUGCCAACCUCUGCAGUCUUCUCCCUGUAAGUGAGGGAGAAGCAUUUGGAUGUUUUCGACCUCUAAAAAAUCUUGGACUAAAGGUAGUUGAGCCUAAAGACUCCCAAUGGCCAGCCGGCAUUGCUCAGGUGAAGUCCCCCAUCAUCCCGCAAAGAAAGCUUUGCCUAACCUCGUACAACUUUGACGCUUCCAGUGGCCCCAUUGCGUCUUCUUUCAGAAUUCAGAAUGUUCAUAUUUCUGGGACAGUCAAUGUGAAGGACCAGCGAAGCACAGGCAUACAUCCCUACACACUCUACACUGUUAAGUUUGAGAUGGUGUCUGAUGGCGGGAACGACGUUGCUACACCACUGGCAGUCGGCCACAGUGUUGACCGCAGGUACAGCGAGUUCCUGAACCUCCAAGCAAGAUUAGAAGAGAAGCCUGAGCUUAAAAAGCUAAUUAAAAAUGUCAAAGGCCUAAAGAAAAUAUUCCCUGAUCUUCCCUUUGGCAGCCAGGACAGUGAGAAAGUUGAAGCUAGGAAAAGCCAGUUGGAUGCCUUUCUAAAGCAAUUAAGCAGCAUUCCUGAGACAGCCAACAGUGAAGACAUGCAGGAGUUCCUGGCUAUUAACUCAGAUGUUUGCGUGUAUUUUGGAAGAAAGCCAUUAACAAAGUCAAGAAUUGAUAAGAUGAUGGAAAAUGCUUUGGAUACUCUGAGGACAGCUUUCCCUCAUCCUGAGCUUCUUAGUCCAACCGAGGACAUUGAGGGUGAUGCUGAUGGAAGAACAAUGGACUACAGGAAGUACAGGAAACUUUUCCCAAGUAAAAUGUCUACAUCACUCAAUAUACCAGAACUCCAUCCUAAAGUGACAUAUUGCUUCAGUGAAGGCAGUUCUGUGCUUAAUGGCAUGUCUUUGCUUGGCUUGGAGAUCUUUGUCAGACAGCAGGAGAAACUUUUGUGUGGGCCAGAUGUGACCGAAGUAACCAAGCAAGGCUGCACCCUGCAGGACAAAGACAAGAAGAUAUCAGGGAAAAGUCAUGGGACAGACACAGCUGUGGCAGAUGUUGCACUGAAUAUAUUGUGCCUGUUGAUGAAGGAUCACUGGAGCUGGCUGUGCACUGAGAACAUCCAGAAGGCAAUCAGACUUCUCUUUGGCACCUUCAUUGAAAGGUGGCUGGAUAUAGGUGCUGCCCACCUAACCAGCGCCCCCUGCUGGAUAAUUUACCUUCAAGUCUUGCAAGAGGCUGUGUGGCCUGGCGGUACCCUUCCAGCUCAACCCCGGCCUGAGCGAAGUGCUGCAGAAAAAGAGGAAACCAAGGAGAGGUGUCUGGACUGCCUGAUGCAGCUGCUUCCUGAGCUAAUAGCUGAUAUGUUGGGAAGCGAGAAGUACAGGCUGAGCUUGGAGACCAUGCUUGAGUCUCUACAGGACCAUCAGAUAAACAAGCAUUUGAUCUACAGUAUCUGUGACGUGCUGCUGGAGUUUCUGAUCCCCGAGUCAUGCGAUGUGGCCUUUCAGAAGUCUCUGUUGCAGAGUCUGGCCAAAGAGUCGCAGAGAAACAGCCUUUAUACCUGACCAAAAAUGUGUGACACACAAAGCAGGAUCCCCUUUAUGCAAUAUCUGCAGCGUAUUUGU